CUAUGUUAGUCGCUGUUUGAUGACGUACAAGUUCAAGCGUAAACAUGGAGGAGAGAGAAGCAUUGAAGAGGCAAAUUGAACUUCUUCAGAAUCUCAUCAAUAAACACAAGAGCGUCCAUGGUGACACACCAUUCGAAAGAGUUGAGCAGAGGCUUCUAGAGGCUCCAGCAGCAGCAGCCAGAGGCAGAGCUCACAGCACAUCUGUCAUCCAUCCUCACAGCUCCAGAGGGAGGCCUUAUGCUCCUCAGACACGUGGAAGUUGGAGGAAAACGUACUCUCUGAAUAACAAGAACCCUCAAUCCUCUUUCGGACAUCACUCAGCUUCUGCCUCCUCUUCUGUGGAUCGGUCUAGUUCCAAACCUGUGUCUCACAGCUUGUCACUGCCUGGCCACAGCAGAGGAGAAGAAGGUGAUAGAACCACAGCUGUCACUUUAUCAUCAGGGAUUGCUCAACAAAAGAAAGAUGGACAUGUAAGCAGCGUCACAGGGAUUAAGGAAGAUGCAACAAAGAAAACAUCCACAGAUAGUCUAUGUAAAAGAGCUGAAGGGGCAGUUGUGUCUCAGCAUCAGGGUGGAAAAGGAGAUGCAAGCGCAGCAGGCACUAGCAUGCAACAUGAAAUGCCAUCUAGACAGACUCAAGAUUUUCAGCUGAGGGCUAAAAGCAGGCAUGUAGUUCUUCCAGGAAAGCCUGUCAGUACUUCUUCAGAAGUGCAUUCUUCAGUCAAGACCAAUACCUCGACCAGUUUGCAGAGCAGCUCUGAAGUACUGAUCAAACCUUCCCUGACCAGAAAAACCAGGAGUGAGACUAAACAGACUCCAACAGUACCUAUGACUGGCAAUACCACAUUACCUCUCUCUGCUCUGUCUAAGGUAGCAAAACAACCCUCCCUUGACGUCACAUUUCAGACCAGCCAGGCACAAGUCGGUGGAUCUUUUUUGAAAAAAUCCAAGUUCACUUGGGUAAAGAGCCAGAAUGUGGGAGGAGUGGAGCCCAGACAAGGUAGCUCAAUUUCGACACCCACAGGAAAAGCAGUGACUGUCGCCCCAACAUCAGUCUUGAAGGCUGAAGUUGCCAGUGGAAGCUCCCCCUCAUUCACAGUCAGUAAGAGAACCCCUGCCAAGAAGUUACCCCGAAAGCUUAGUCCGGUCACUGUUGCCCCCAAGACCUCCAAGUACAAGUGGGUCUCCUCCUCUGCUGGAGCCCAAGCCAAGACGUCUCGAAAACCACUAUCACCCAAAGCUCUCACUCUUGCUCAGAGGGCUCUGGAUAAGCGGGAGGCCACCAAGAAACCUAGAGUGCCCUCCACUCCCUCUACUAAAAUUAAAAAGGCAACCUGCUCCUCACUCAGCAGCCGUUAUCGCUGGAAGGCGGCGGGGCAGGGUACCUCUGGAGCAGCAACAGCAGUAACAGCUGUGGCUCGUCGUAGAUCUGCCUUCCACUGGUCUUCAGAAAAAAGCAGCAAAGGAGUGAGAGGAGGGCUUGUUGUUUCCCCACCUCAACGUGCCUCAGUCUCACCCUCCUCCCCUGGUGUGUUCAAACUCCGCAGCAGGAUGAAAAUCAUCAGGAAGUCUGCUAACAGUGGAGGUGGUUCAGAGAGGGGGAGCAGCCCGUCAGCAGUAAAGUAUUCCCCACGGGGCCGAAUCUACACCUCGACUAGGACUCCCAUAGGAGCUAGGAGGACACCCACCAGGGAGCUUGUGUCUUUUGGUAGACACAAGUUGAGGCGGCUCUCUCUGACCUUAUCAAGGACAAGUCCAGCCUCUUCCUCCCACUGUAGCCCUGCCUCCCAGCGGGUGUUCAGGACACGCUACAAGAUGGUGACCCGCCCGGGUUCCAGCGCCGCACACACCCCCCAGUACAACCCCGCCCUCUCCUGGAGAGCCAAGAGGAUCCAGUCUGCCAGGAGUUUCCUUCAGAGCCGUCUUCGAGCUCCCCACGACAGACACCCGUCGUCCACCCAGCACUGGAGAGGAAGUGGCAUGUGCUGGAUUGGUGGUUCCCUGUACCGAGUGUCAGCCAAUAAGCUGUCCCGCACUGCGCUGUCCAACACGCCUAUCAGCCGAACAGGAAGGUCCUUCAGCCCCCACGUCUCAUACAUGAUUCCUGCUUGGAACCGACCCUCCAGCACUCGUCACUUAGCCAGUCGUGCAGUUCAGCGGAGCCUCGCCAUAAUCAGACAUGCUCGUCAGAAGAAGCAGCACAAGCAGUACUGUAUGUACUACAACCGCUUCGGCAAGUGUAACCGUGGCAACAGCUGCCCCUACAUACACGACCCAGACAAGGUGGCCGUCUGCACAAGGUUUCUGCGAGGGACGUGCAAACAGGCGGACGGGACCUGCCCAUUCUCCCAUAAGGUGGCUAAGGAGAAGAUGCCCGUGUGUUCUUACUUCCUGAAGGGAAUCUGUAACAACAGCGACUGUCCCUACAGUCAUGUCUACGUGUCCCGCAAAGCUGAAGUGUGCGAGGACUUUGUCAAAGGCUACUGUCCUGAGGGAGAGAAGUGUAAGAAGAAACACACACUGGUGUGUCCAGACUUCUCUAAGACUGGCUCCUGCCCCAGAGGAACCCGCUGUAAGCUGCAGCACCGCCAACGCCCCAAACGAAGCACCAGCAACACCUCCACCACACCGGCCAAGAGAGCCCGAACCAAGGAACCCUCCAAGAGCCCCAGGCCCCGUCUGUCUGUCGUCAUGCCACACAGCCCUCAGGCAGCUCCAGGGACGCCCACCGCGGGUCCUCUGGAACUGCCGUCCUACAUCUCCCUCUCCAGCUCCCCAGAGGAGGCAGACGCACCGGACACACUGCAAGCCGAGACCUCACAGGUUAAAGAGAAGAAGCUGCAGAUCAAGCCUCGGCUGUAAGACCACAGAGACCAGCGGCAGUGGAGGUGAACAACACUUAUCACUGAUUUCUGAGCUGCAGGUUUGUCCUGACAGGUGUUUCUGUGUCUCUUCCUUAUGAAUUAACUCAGGGCCUGAAAGUUUUAUCCUCUAUAUCCACACAUCAAGUUUACAUAUCAGUUUGGAUGUUUACAGAUUUUAUCAUCAGGUUUUGUAAAUUGAAAAAAGACAAAUAAAGUAUCAACUCUCA